AUGGAGGGCGGCGUGGCCGGUCCCCGGCUAGGGGCGGCGGCUGAGGCGACAGAGGCGCUAGCGCGGCCCGGGGUGACGGUGCGGCCCUUUGCGCCGUUCCCAGGAGCGGCUGAGGCCGACGAGGACAGCGGCGACUGGAGCUUCAUCGACUGCGAGAUGGAGGAGGUGGACCUGCAGGACCUACCCAGCGCCACCAUCGCCUGCCACCUGGACCCGCGCGUGUUCGCGGACGGCCUGUACCGGGCCAAGUUUGAAUCACUCUUUAGGACAUAUGACAAGGAUAUCACCUUUCAGUAUUUUAAGAGCUUCAAACGAGUCAGAAUAAACUUCAGCAACCCUUUAUCUGCAGCAGAUGCCCGACUCCAACUACAUAAGACUGAGUUUCUGGGAAAGGAAAUGAAAUUGUAUUUUGCUCAGACUUUACACAUAGGAAGUUCACACUUGGCUCCACCAAAUCCUGACAAGCAGUUUCUGAUCUCUCCUCCUGCCUCUCCGCCUGUGGGUUGGAAGCAAGUGGAAGACGCAACUCCCGUCAUUAAUUAUGAUCUUUUAUAUGCUAUCUCCAAGCUAGGGCCAGGGGAGAAGUAUGAAUUGCAUGCAGCCACUGACACCACCCCCAGCGUAGUGGUCCACGUGUGUGAGAGCGACCAAGAGAAUGAAGAUGAUGAUGAAAUGGAGAGAAUGAAGAGACCCAAACCCAAAAUUAUCCAGACCAGGAGGCCAGAGUACACACCUAUCCACUUAAGCUGAACCGGCCCUGGAUGAAGAAGUAUUCCAAACCAUCCUUAAGGGGAGGAACCUUUGACUGUGCAAAUGGCCGGUCACAACUUUGAAGUGGCAGCCGUGACCAUUGUGGCAGAAAUCCCAGUCCAUGUUGCUCAGAAGAGAAUCAAGGCUUUGUCUCCUUGUUCCAAUGCUGCACAUCAGUCAUGUUCAUGGCACCCGGGAUGCCUUGGGCCAAUCACUGAGUUUGUGGUGAUCGCACAAGGACAUUU